ACCCCGUUUAGGCACUUAUCCAACUGCAUCAGAAUGAAUUAUUUCGUGAUCACUUUUGUGUUGGCCGUUUUUGGCAUUAGUGGAUCGUUUGGUGGCAUUUUCGAUUCUUUUAGCACUAACACAGACUAUAACAUGGCAUUUGUCAUGGAUACCAUUUUCGGAGUAGCUAAAAAUACCACGAAAUACUUAGCCAAUGGUAACAAUACGAAUCCUAUCGAAGUCGAUGUGACGAUACGGUGUGGUAAUCGUGGCACUGCUGAUUUAACUCCCACUGUGAUCAACGAUGCUAACCUGAGUGCGAAAUUGGAUGUUUCUAAACCGAUUGUAUUCAUCACUCACGGUUGGGUUGAUAACGGUGAUCGUCUCUGGAUAAAGGAGCUCAAAGAUGAUUAUCUUAAAUUUGUUGACACGAACGUCUGUGUAGUAGAUUGGGGCAAUUUAGCCAUUGUUGGAUACAUGAUCUCAGUGAAGAACACUUUUGCCGUUGGUCAAUAUGUUUCAAAGUUCAUAACCUACUUGAACGGUCAGGGGAUCCCUUUGAGCAAAGUAACGCUCGUUGGUCACAGUUUGGGGGCCCAAAUAAGCGGACACAUUGGCUAUAAUUUAGGUGGUCAAGUUGGUUCUAUUUAUGGCUUGGAUCCUGCGGGUCCGUUGUUUACAAUGCCCUUUGAUAUGGGAACUGCAAAGCGUUUGGAUAAAUCGGAUGCCAUGUACGUACAGAUGAUCAUCACUUCGAGAUGCGCCACUGGAGUCUGCAAAGGAGAUGGACAUGAAAAUUUUUACCCCACUGGAGGAUGGGUACCUCAGCCGAACUGUGGUUUGCCGUUGUUUUCUAAUGCCGAAAGCGCGGAGAUGGUCAGCUGCAGCCAUUCACAUUCGAUCACGUUGUUCCGAAUGGCUUUGAAUCCGAGCAAUGUUUUCACAGGGAAAGCGUGUACGGAUUAUUUUUCGUACUAUCCGGUUUUGUGCUUUUUCAGUGCUACCAACAAAAUGGGCAUCUAUUCGAGCCGAAUUGGAGGAAAUUUCAAUGUGAAGACGACCGCAUUUGUACCGUACACGUGAGCUCUAAAACAUUUUAUCUA